AGGAAUUAUCUUCUCGUCUAGUACUAAUAUUACUUUUCAAUUAUUUACUCACAUUGUUCAAUGUUAACAUUGUUUUAAGCACUUUCUUUUCAAGGAUAAUACUUGCAAUGUUUAGUUUAUGUCUACAUAAAUAUAUUAGGAACUACAUGGGAAUACAAUAAAUAUAAAUCUAAUAGUGUAAAAUCUAUACAGUACCGAGUUCUCAUGGUAUCAGAAGUCACCAAACAGAUAUUUGAUGUAAGGAACAUGAUGGCUGCCUGUGAUCCUUAGAACAGCUGUUACCUCACUGUCACUGUUAUAUUCCGAGGACUUAUAUCCAUGAAGGAGGUUGAUGAACAUAUGCUACAAGUGCAGAAUAAAAACAGCAGCUACUUUGUAGAUUGGCUCCCAAAUAAUGUGAAGGCUGUUGUGUGUAACAUUCCUCCUACAGGACAAAAAAGAUCAGCCACUUUCAUUGGCAACUCCACUGCCAUCCAAGAGCUGUUCAGAUGCGUUUCUGAGCAGUUCACAGUCAUGUUCAGACAUAAAACACACCUUCACUGGUAAACAGGUGAGGGCAUGGAAGACAUGGAGUUCACAGGAGCGGAAUCCAACAUGUAUGAUUUGAUUUCUGAGAAUCAGCAGUACCAGGUAGCAACUGCUGAAGAAAUUGGAGGAGAAUUUGAUAAAGAAAAGCAAGAAGGAAGCAUAGAGAACACCAAAGUUCACAUUUAUUGUUGUUUUGUCUGCAGCUACAGUAUGAAUUAUCUUUUUAUCUAGUACUCAUAUUACUUUUCAAUUUUUUACUCACAUUCUUCAGUGUUCAUAUUAUUGGCUGUCGCGGGAGGUGAGAGGAGCAAAACCAGGCAUGAAGAAGUGGAGACGUGGGAAUGGAACCAUGUUGACAGCAAGUUUACGUAAAUCAACAUUUAAGUGACCUGGGAAUCUGAAGCAAGUAAUGACUCUAGAACGUGUAGCUGAUACAAGAUGAUUUAAAUCACCGUAUGUUGGUGUUGUUAUUUUAAGUGUUCUGAAGCAAAUGUCAUACAAAGAGCUUCAUUAUCAAACAGAAUGUUUCAUCAGGAUUUUCAGCAAGCUUGUGGACAGAUAGUGUAGCAUUGUAUGGCUCAACAACAGUGUCAGAAACCUGAAAUUAAUUUUAUUUAUAUUAGUAAAACUGAUAAUUUGAGGAACUGUACCAGUUGCCCAAAAAUAAUUUUUACAAAUACAAUGGUUUAGACAAGCUGUAGCACCAGUCUUGUUUUAUAAAAUUGUAGAAAAUUAAUCUGGAUGACUCACGUGUGUCUGUUGAAUGUGUCACAUCUGUAAUAAGAGACCUAAGAAAGUGAAAUUAAAAGUGUAAAUUUUAUUGUAUGGUAGCAUUGUGUGGCUCAAUUCUUGGGUUAUGAAUAAUCGAGGGGAACAAGGCUGCUUGUCCUAAAAAUGCAUACAUGCCUGGAACGCUUGGAGUUGUUACCAAAGAAUACGAACUGGGUGUCUUUGUUCAACUCUCAUGUUUUACCACCAUGUGCAGAAGUUGAAAAGAUACCUCUAAUUCUCCUUGAGCCGGACUUAGCUCUGCUCCAUACCUACAAUUAUCCCGCUUAAAAGAAUUAUUCAACGAUCAACAUACACAGUUGAAUAAUUAAUUGAAAUCUCAUGGUGGCAGCAGUGGGAUAGAGGAGAGCUACUUUACGGACUUCCAGAAUUUUCGGCUGUUGAGCAGGCCGGAGGGACUUUGAGUCUGUACUGAGGUGGACCAAGCCUUUCCUGAGGGAACAAUGCUCCGGAGGAAUCCACAAGGCGCCGUGGUACCUGUUCACCAACUGUUGAAGCCAAGUCCGUGAUUGGAGGCCAUCAUCAGCAGCCCUAGAUUAGCCCGAGGGACGUCUUUGGUGAUAGCCGUUGGCAGCCUGCACCGCGAGAGGGACUUCUACCCUGAGGGGAGCUGAGAAGCCAUCACUGGAAGAACGAACUGUGCAUCUUCAAUCACCCUACACCUAUAAUAGUCCCCAGUAAUUGAUCCUAUUCUUGAAGAUACCAAUCAGAUAUCAUGCCAGAUAAACGAAAGGAGUGUGACAGGAUCAGGGGCAUGGAAAAUACUUGCGUCCGUGUUUGUCCUGCCUCUCAGGAUGACAGAACUGUGGUAAUGGAGGAGAGAGUCAUGACACCCCUACAUAAGAGGGUGCAAGAGGCAGCAAAAACAGCAUGGUCUGGUGAAAGUGUUGCAGUAGUUAUAAGCGACAUCAUGGGUCCACAUGCUCGUAAAGAAUGGAAUCUUCCUGUGGGUUCCUACAGAAAUCCUUUCUGGAGAAUAACAAGAAAAGUGUCAUCUCCACGUGAGAUGAAGACAAUGUUGUCUAAGUCUCUUGUGUUGUCCUGCUCCCUAGGAUUACCACAACUUGUCAGGAAUCUCUUGGAUGCUGGGGCAGAUCCCAAUUGUGAUUUGGGUCAGUGGGGUCCAGUGCAUUCUGCUGCGUAUGGGGGCAAUGUGGAAGUAAUGAGGGUUCUGUUGGAAGACCCACGGACCAGUGUGGACACUGCAGAGAAGAAAGGACAGACAGCCUUGCAUUUAGCUGCAUUAAAAGGGAACUGUGAAAUUAUGAAGGUGCUUCUGGAAAUGUCCAAAGUGGAUGUGAAUGCUGUUGAUGAAGCUGGAUGCACUGCACUGCAUGUUGCAGGGACUUCAUCUCUUCUGGGAGAAGUCUCUAAGGAGAGGUUCUUAAGUUGCAUUUCCUUGUUGAUGGACAGAUCUGAUCUUGAGAUAAACAGACCUGAUAAGGAUGGUCUUACAGCACUAAGCCGCACCAUCAUGUCUUCACGGAAGGACAUGGCCCAGGCAAUGUUGAGACACAAACGAGGAUGUUUUCUAAAUUUGGACACAUUCCUGGCCAGCUAUUAUGGAAGAUCAAUCAGAGAAGCUAUUCAAUAUACAUUUCCAGAAUUAUUGCCAGACCUUCCUGCACCACUUCAAGAAAAACUAGAUCCUCCUAUUGCUGCCAGUCGACUUCUGGCAUCACUUCAGAAGGGAGAUUUCAAUAGAUUUCAGUCACUGCUUCAGAGCCAUUCUGUGAAUCUAACUCACUGGUAUGAUGAACCAUACCACUGCACAAUUAUAGAAAUUGCCAGCCAACUGAAGAACAGAGAAGACUUUGUGAAAGAACUGCUAAAAGUAGGCGCAAACCCAAACACUGUCAAUUCACGUACAUCUCAGCCUCUGCUCCAUUUGACAGCAAAAAGAGGAAAUACAAAAUUGUUACAAAUUUUGUUGCGCGAACAAGAAAUAAAUAUCAAUGUGAAGGAUUCAUAUGGACGUACGCCUUUGCACUGUCUUGCUGGAGUUCAGUGCAGAAAUAAGGCUGAAUCAGAUUUCCUUCAGAAGUCUAUUUGUUUAUUACUUGGAGAAUCAGACCCAGUAAAUAAUACAACUCCAAAGGCUGAUAUUCAUGCUGUCACAUCAGCUGGGGAAACAGCACUACAUAUAGCAGCUCGCAUGGGAGACGGGCAGACAGUCCUGACACUUCUGAGACAUGGUGCGAAUGUGAUGCACAAAAUGUCAGGGGUUGGCCCUCCUUUGAAGUACAUUGAACCCACUGUGAUGGAGCAUAUCCUGGAUGAGUGCAUAGACAGCAGUGAUGAGUCUUCUGUACAGAAAGAUUAUAUGCUUAUCUUUAAUUAUAAUUUUUUAAAUCCAAUAAAUGGCAGUGAUCAAAAGAAAAUUGGAGAGAAGCAGCAAUAUUGUGAAUCAGAGAUGCCACCAUUAUGGUAUCUUGCGAACAAGCAUCAGUUUAAACAUUUGCUGAAACACCCAGUAAUAACAAGCUUUCUGACACUCAAGUGGAGGAAAAUACGUUUUAUGUUCUUUACAAAUGUUGUGUUUUAUUCUCUGUUUCUUUUAGUCCUAACCUGGUACAGUUUCCUCACAAGUGGAAAUAACAAUGAAUCUAAUGAAGGUAGCGAGAAUGAAACUAGAACUAACAGUGAAAGCCUAAAACAAACUGGAAAUAACCACCAUGAUGACAGCAAUGAACACAUGGCAGCACUUGUGCUUCUGUCCACCCUCCUAGUGAUCCUUGUUUUAAGGGAGACUUUUCAAUUCCUUAUGUCCCCUAAAGCUUACCUAAAACACACUCAGAAUUUCAUACUUUGGAUAAUUAUUGCAACAACUCUAAAUGUCUGUCUAGAUAAUGUAAUUAAUAUAUUUCCAGAGUGCACAGCUAUCUCUCUUCUACUAGCAUGGACUCAGUUUGUUUCAUUCUUAGGAGGUUUUCCUGUUCUUUCCAUUCACCUAGAAAUGUUGAAGACUGUUGCAUGGACUUUCUUAACAUCCAUGGUAUGUUACUGCCCACUCUUCUUUGCAUUUGGCAUAAGUUUCUACACCAUGUUUCGAAAUAGUGGUUCUAGUGAGGAUGAAUUUUUCUCCUCGAGCCUUGGAAUGUCUAUGCUAAAAACUUUUAUAAUGUUCGCUGGGGAAUUUGAGGCAUCUGAUAUUCCAUUUGAAGUGGCUCCAUACACAAGUCACUUGGUCUUCACUGUAUUUGUAUUCUUGAUUUCAAUUGUUCUUCUGAACCUUCUAAAUGGUCUAGCUGUUAGUGAUGCUCAGGCUAUAAGAAAUGAUGCUGAGAUUCUGAGUUUAAGUGCCCGAGUGAAACUAAUAUCGUACAUUGAAAAAACAAGCUCUGGGCGUAUUCAGUUCUUUUCUGUACUUAAAAAUCUUUCUGAUAAAAAGUUAAGAGUAUUUCCAAACAGAAAGGAAGGUAGGGUGGAAGUAAAUGGAAUUAUUGUGGAGAAUACAUUCCUAGACGAGGAAAUAGUACAACAAGCAAUUUCUCUUGUUAGUAACAGAAAGAAGACAUCGCAAGAAAAUGCAAACAAAAGUGAAAAACAGCUGCAAAACAAAUUAUCAGAUAUAGAAAAAUGUCAGCUAGACAUGAACAAGGAAUUGAAGGAGCUGAAACUGAAAUUUGAACACUUUGUUAAAGCCAGCAAGGAAACACAAAACAAGCUAAAUGAAAUACAUGCACUUGUGUUGCAAUCACAUGGCUCCUACACUAGCCAAAAAUGAAUGCAUAGUGAGACAACAAUUGCGAUCCUUUAUAAAUUAUUUUUAUAGCAUGAGAUAUAUUAGCAUUAUUUAUUAUAGAUUUAGACUCAAGAAUAUGACACAGACUUAUCAAUUUAACUUCAGAAAUGAUAUAAUUACUCAUUUAUACCUUGAUUUUUGAAUUUAUACUUUAAUAAUUGAGCUGUUGUUACAUGAAAGAAAUAUGUUUGUUGUCAAAUCAAUUUUCUGUAACCUAUGUAGUAGGGAAAUAUGGAAUUUAAAUCCCUGUAUUGCAGGGCUGCUGGUCAGGCUAUAAAUCUGGUUAAUGGUUUAGCAGUAUGCUACUGUGAUGCAAGGCCAACUGGACAAUGCAUGAAGUGUGAUAAACAGGCAUUAAAGGCUAAUAUUAUUAUGUUUUUAUUUGAGUUAAGUUAUAAAGGUUUUAAAAGCUCUAUUUGUUUACAGUCUUUUUUCCAAUAUAUUUUAAUACAAAUCAAAGCCACUCUUUAUCUGUAUGUGACAUUCUUUGCAGGCAAAAAUGGUACAGCAAACUCCUUAUGCUGGGAAAGCUGAAUGUAUUUUGCUUGGUCAGAUAAUUUGUGGGAUCUGUCAGCAGAAGGUUCUGUUUCCAAGUAAAUUCUGCAUACUAGAAAGUUUUCCUUUGUAAGUAAUAAAGUUUGGGUUUAAUAGGUGCAUACCCUUUUUACAAAUAAUUGAAAGAAUUAUAUAACAAUAAAGAUACAAAAUUAUAGUAUACUUUCACGAGUUCCUAUUUAUUUUAAAAUGAAUAUGGACCACUGCAUUUCUAUGUACAACUUGUGCUUUAAUUGUAUUAUUUAUUAUUCUCUAUAAGGUGUAAUGAAUGAGAGAACAGCAUCAUUUAUAGAACUGUAUGAAAGUCACAUCAUCUGUAUAUAAUUUAUGAAUAUAAUCAGUUGCAUGAAAAGAAGAAACUAUGUAAUUACAAUAGGUUUUAUAGUGUAAAAAGCUAUCUAUGUUGACCGCUGUUUUAUUGUAUGUCAAAUGUUUAUUUCAUAAAUCUAUUGCUCUGCAGAGCUUGGGCGCUGUUUGAUACAAACCUAAUCAAUAGGGAAAAACAAAAUUAUUCACCAUUGUCUUUCAUGAAUUUGAGGAAAUGUUAUAUGGCAAUAAACUAGUAAAAAAUUUAAAUA